GUUGAAGGUGGGCGGCUGCUCCACAGUCGGUCUGAGACAAACAAAGAGCGAUGGCUGCUUUCCUGCUCUGGCUCCUCAGUCUCGGUUUUCUUGCCUUUCCUUCCCACGCGGAGACUUACGAUAACCUUCCUGAAACUUACAAGAAGGGGGUAGAUUUGGCCCUGGAGAAGGUCAACGCCCAUACAAGCAUCCGGCAUCAUUUUCUCUUCUUCAGCAGUGUGGAAAAGAAUGAAUUUGAGGGUGGUUUUGAAGUGAGUUUCAUUUACCACCACUUUCACCUAAAAGCCACAAACUGCGAGAAAGGAACCGUCGACUCCUCAAGAUGCAAGUUCAGAAAAGACAGGCCGCUCAUCGACUGCGCAGUCUGUUACAAAACAUUCAGGGGGGAGAUUGAAGAGGAGCCCGCGCCGUACAUUCACUGCGUCCACAAGCCGGUGCUGACAGAGGACAUGAAGACCACCAGAAUUGAGAAAUGCAACGCUCUGGGAUACAGCAGCGGGACUCCGAGUCUGCUCUUAGUAACUGGAACCAACGGAUAAACCUGCUGAGCAUUUAGAGAAAGUUUUAAUGAAUCAAGACUAAAUUAUUCUCCCACCUGUGUUGCUUUCAGGACGGUCUCACUUUUUAAUUUUUUUUCAGACUUUACCUGUGUUUCAUUUGCAUAACAAAGUAAUGAUAAAGCUCAUACCUUUUGUACUGAAAUACGUUUUAAUGCUAACCGUCGUCUCUGCUACAUGUUGUAUUAUUCAAACGUAUCGUACUUUAUCGUUUAAGAUGUUAAAAACAAAUUACUACUGAAUUUUGUUACUUUUGCACCUUAGAUUUAACUUUGUCUGUUUUUAAUUUUACUGUUUUCAGUUGUAUAUGGACAGCACUUUGUUGGCUCAGAUUAUUUUAAGGUGCUUUUUUUAUAUAUAUAAAUAAAGGUGGUAGAUCCUCAAUA